GGAAGUGGGCGGAGACAAACCCGGAAGUGAAGCCCCUCAAAGUCCGGAAGCGGAGGUUGAGGAGAAUGGCGGAGGUGGGGGAGGUGUCCGAGGGCUGCCGGCUGCCGGUGCUGCGCCGCAACCAGGACAACGAGGACGAGUGGCCGUUGGCCGAGAUCCUCAGCGUGAAGGACAUCAGCGGGAGGAAACUCUUCUACGUACACUACAUCGACUUCAACAAGCGCUUGGACGAAUGGGUGACGCAGGAGCGGUUGGACCUGAAGCGCGUGCAGGUUCCUCGCAAGGAGGCCAAAACGCCCACCAAGAACGGACUGCCCGGCUCGCGACCCGGCUCCCCCGAACGCGACCCGGUCCUCGUGGUGGCUUUGUCCCCAAGGUCCCUAAAUUCCUCCUCUUCCUCCUCGCCGCAGAGGAAGAGCCUGGAGCUGCCGUUGCCGGCGACUCCGGCCACCGGGAAGAGCUUACCAGGGCCACCACCGGUGCCACCAGGGCCACCACCACCACCUCCACCACCACCACCACCACCACCGGCGGCGGCGGCGGCGGGAGGGCCACCGGGGGGGCCGCAAGGGCCACCGGGGACGGUGCCCGUUCACAUCACCCUUCGCUUUCACCUGCCCAAGGAGAGCGAGGCCGAACCCCCCUCGGCCGCCGGGCAGCGCCCCACGAAGCGGAAGGUGGAGGUGGUGUCCCCCGCGACCCCCGUCCCCGCCGCCACCGACACCUCCCCGGCCUCCGUCUUCCCCCAGAAUGGUUCGGCUCGGAGAGCGGCGGCCGCGCAGCCCGGGAGGAAGAGGAAGUCGGCGUGUCUGGGGACCGACGAGGACUCUCAGGACUCGUCGGACGGAGCCCCGUCGGCGCCGCGGAUGACGGGCAGUUUGGUUUCGGACCGGAGUCACGACGAUAUCGUGACGCGGAUGAAAAACAUCGAAUGCAUCGAACUGGGGCGGCACCGCCUCAAACCGUGGUACUUCUCCCCAUACCCCCAGGAGCUGACGGCGCUGCCCGUCCUCUACCUCUGCGAGUUCUGCCUCAAGUACGGCCACAGCCUGCGCUGCCUCCAGCGCCACCUGACCAAAUGCGAUUUGCGCCACCCCCCCGGCAAUGAGAUCUAUCGCAAAGGCACCAUCUCCUUCUUCGAGAUAGACGGUCGCAAGAACAAAAGUUAUUCGCAGAACCUUUGCCUCUUGGCGAAGUGUUUGGAUCAUAAAACGUUGUAUUACGACACUGAUCCUUUUCUUUUCUACGUUAUGACCGAGUACGACUGUAAAGGCUUCCACAUCGUCGGCUACUUCUCCAAGGAGAAGGAAUCGACGGAGGACUACAACGUGGCGUGCAUCCUCACCCUUCCCCCCUACCAGCGCCGCGGCUACGGGAAACUCCUCAUCGAGUUCAGCUAUGAGCUGUCGAAGGUGGAGGGGAAGACGGGGACCCCCGAAAAGCCGCUGUCGGAUUUGGGGCUCCUCUCGUACCGCAGUUAUUGGUCCCAAACCAUCCUGGAGAUCCUCAUGGGACUGAAAGCCGAGGGCGGGGAGAGGCCCCAGAUCACCAUCAAUGAGAUCAGCGAGAUCACCAGUAUCAAGAAGGAAGACGUUAUCUCCACUCUGCAGUACCUCAAUCUCAUCAACUACUAUAAGGGGCAGUACAUCCUGACCCUCUCGGAGGACAUCGUGGAGGGCCACGAGCGGGCGAUGCUGAAGCGCGUCCUGCGCAUCGACGCCAAAUGCCUCCACUUCACCCCCAAAGACUGGAGCAAGAGGGGCAAGUGGUGACCCCAAUAAACACAGCCCCGCGCGCCGCCCCGCGCUCUUUACUGGGGGGCACUGGGACGGGAUCGGGGGGCACUGGGAGGGGAUCGGAGGGGACUGGAAGGCACUGGGAGGGGAUUGGAGGAGACUGGGAGG